CAGACUCCACACCCCCAGCCCAACUCCCACUCGCUAGCCCCCAGGCCCCGGCAGCAUCCAAAUAUGGCAGAGGGCCGGGAUGGGUACCUUUGUGAAUGACAGAGGUUGUGUAUAUAAGCUGACCUGCCAGCUUGGAGGACUGUAGCUGGUUCAGCAACAGCACUGGUUGGGUCAUUCUCUCCAAGCCGCAGACACUCCCCUAAGCCACCAUGUGUGACGACGAUGAGACUACCGCCCUCGUGUGCGACAACGGCUCCGGCCUGGUGAAGGCUGGCUUCGCCGGAGACGAUGCCCCUAGGGCCGUGUUCCCCUCCAUCGUGGGCCGCCCCCGUCACCAGGGUGUCAUGGUCGGUAUGGGUCAGAAGGACUCCUACGUCGGCGACGAGGCUCAGAGCAAGAGAGGUAUCCUGACCCUCAAGUACCCCAUCGAGCAUGGCAUCAUCACCAACUGGGACGACAUGGAGAAGAUCUGGCACCACACCUUCUACAACGAGCUGAGAGUGGCCCCCGAGGAGCACCCCACCCUGCUCACUGAGGCCCCCCUCAACCCCAAGGCCAACAGGGAGAAGAUGACCCAGAUCAUGUUUGAGACCUUCAACGUCCCCGCCAUGUAUGUGGCCAUCCAGGCUGUGCUGUCCCUCUACGCCUCCGGCCGUACCACCGGUAUUGUGCUGGAUGCUGGUGAUGGUGUGACCCACAACGUCCCCGUCUACGAGGGUUACGCUCUGCCCCACGCCAUCAUGCGUCUGGACUUGGCUGGUCGCGAUCUGACCGACUACCUGAUGAAGAUCCUGACCGAGCGUGGCUACUCUUUCGUCACCACCGCCGAGCGUGAGAUCGUGCGCGACAUCAAGGAGAAGCUGUGCUAUGUGGCUCUGGACUUCGAGAACGAGAUGGCUACGGCUGCCUCCUCCUCCUCCCUGGAGAAGAGCUACGAGCUCCCCGACGGUCAGGUCAUCACCAUCGGUAACGAGAGGUUCCGUUGCCCCGAGACCCUCUUCCAGCCUUCCUUCAUUGGUAUGGAGUCUGCCGGUAUCCACGAGACCGCCUACAACAGCAUCAUGAAGUGCGACAUUGACAUCCGUAAGGACCUGUACGCCAACAAUGUGCUGUCCGGUGGUACCACCAUGUACCCUGGUAUUGCUGACCGUAUGCAGAAGGAGAUCACCGCCCUGGCCCCCAGCACCAUGAAGAUCAAGAUCAUUGCUCCUCCUGAGAGGAAAUACUCCGUCUGGAUCGGUGGCUCCAUCCUGGCUUCUCUGUCCACCUUCCAGCAGAUGUGGAUCUCCAAGCAGGAGUAUGAUGAGGCAGGCCCCAGCAUUGUCCACAGGAAGUGCUUCUAAGUCCCUCGUCUGCCCCGGCUUCUCCAUCCUCUCUGCCACCAACUUUUCGGGAAUCGAGUGAGGGCGAGAAGCAGGAGAAUCAACCUCUGCGGCACGGCAACACUCUGCUGUCAAUGGACUGCCUGUCUGUGCUCCUUGACCUCCUUAACUAUGCAUUGUUUCAACAAAUGUGCAUAUUUUGUAGCUGUCUGUUGCCUGUGUUGUACGGAGAAAGGCUGUGAAAAAAAACACCGCUGAACCAUGCAUCCAACCAAAAAAAACUUUAAUAAAAAAAUAACAACAAAAACAUGU